AUGCCCCAAGCAGGUCUCAAAAAGAGAGAAAAGACCAGCAAGGUCAAGAAGCCCACUGGCAAGAUUGCUCCCAAGAGGGCCGCUCCCCGAAAGAUUGCUCCCCGACGAAAGAGCGCUCAAAGAGACGUCGAGAUUGCGAAGAAGCAUCAAGCAGCUCUGACCGCCACCACGGAAAAGCUGCUGGCCUCUCGAGUGGGCCAUCUGGAGAUUCUCAAGGGCAACCGACGAGAAAUCGAAAAGAAGAACAAGGAGGACGAGGAGAAGAAGAAGAAGAAGGCUGCCAACGCUCAACCCAAAUAA